AUGUUAAUUACUGUGAUAAAAAAUUUAAUCUAUUACUAUAGUUGUACAAUAUUUUUUUGUUUUAAUUAUUAUACCUCAUUCAUUAUUCUAUUUUAUUUUCGUUCGAUUAAUGCUAUAACUAAUAUUAAAUGUCCAACAUAUGAACGUAUUGUUGAUCAUUUAAUAUUUAAUCAAACAUUACCACAACCAUGUCAAACAUUUAUCAAUUUUUCAUCAUUUAAUAAUGAUGAUUAUGUAUUAAAAUCAGCAGCAUAUAAUCAUUCGAAUAAUAGUGGACCAUUUUUAAUAUCAUCAACGGGUAUAUAUUAUGGAAAACGAAUCGAAUAUAAUAAUAUAUAUAUUGAUCAAUUUCUUGGUGUCUAUUAUGCUGAAUCACCAUUACCAUUACAAAAACCAGUAAAAAAAAAAUUUUCAUAUACAAUUCAAAAUGCUACUACAUUUGGACCAUGUUGUAUGCAAAGUUUACUUAUGACAGAAAAUUUAUCCUAUGGUUCAUUUGUUAUGAAACGAAAUUUUGAUAAUAAUUGUUUAUCAUUAAAUAUUUAUCGAUCUGAUUUAAGAUUUGGUGAAAGAAAAAAAGCUAUAACAAUUUUUUCACAUGGUGGCAGCAAUCAAAUUGGUGCUGGAUCUUUGUUUGAUGGUAGUAUACUUGCCGGUGAAGGUGAUAUUAUUGUUGUUACGAUGAAUUUUCGUUUAAAUUAUCAUGGAUUUUUAAGCAGUGGUGAUACACGUAUAAAAGGAAAUUAUGGACUAUGGGAUCAAUUAUUAGCUAUUCAAUGGGUAUCUGAAAAUGCACAUCUCUUUGGAGGUGAUAAUACAAGAAUUGUUCUUGCUGGUCAUUCGGCUGGUGCAGGAAAUGUUAUGUUAUUACCAGCUAGUCCCUAUUGUCGUGGUAUGAUUAAACGUGUACUAUCACAGUCUGGUACAGGUUUAGCUCCAUGGAGUAUUAAUCAUCGUCCAAUGAAAUUGGUACAACGAUUUUCAAAAGAAUUUGGAUGUGAUCAUUUAGAAGAGAAUAGAAUGUUAGAUUGUGUCUAUAAAUUAUUAGAACAAAAAAUUGAUUUUUAUCGUUUACAUCUAAGUUUAAAUAUAGCGGAUGAUAAUCCCUAUCCGGUGAUUGACAACGAUUUUUUGAACGAUACAUUAGAAAAUACACUUCAAAGUAAUGCUUAUCAAAACAUUGACAUAAUGACGGGUGUCACAUUAAAUGAAGGCCUUUAUUUUGCUGAAUAUCAUAUUGCACAUUUCUAUAGUAGUCAUUUUUCAUCGAACAUGAAACAAAGAGAGAAUGUUGUCAAUAAUAAUAAUAGUAAUAAUCAAAAUAAAUUCAGAGAAAAACGUUUAGUACGAAAGGAAGAUGAUAUUAUUUUACCACCGGAUAUUGUACCAAUAUCAGCGAUUAAUGAAGAUGAAGUGCGAUCAUUACCGUUGAAUGAUGAUGGACAUCCAAAAUCAUUGGAAGAAAAACAAAAAAAUACACCCGAUUCAAACGUUUAUUUUCAAUUAGAUGCCUAUGGAGUAUUGAAACAAUUUUCAAAAGUAAAUUAUAUUGAACGUUAUAUAAAUGCAAAUUUUCUUAAUGGACAUUGUCAUUUGGAUAAUGUACGAAAACGAUAUGAGACACCAGGUAAGAAUAAUAUAACAAUUCGUUCACGAUUAUAUAUUGAUUUGGUAUCAGACUUGAUGUUUAAUUAUCAUAUGGUUCAACUAUUGAAUAUUCGAGCUAAAACUCCCAAUGUAAAUUCAUCAACAUACGCUUAUAUUUAUUCUCAUAAGCCAACAUUUAAAGCAAAAAGUUUAUUUCGAGAUCAUUUAAAAACAUUGCCAACUGUUGUUGGACAUUUUGCCGAAUUAGAUUACGUAUUUGGUGUUCCAUUGGCAAAAGAUUAUCCAAAAAUACACAAUAAUGUUAAUAAAAAUUGGUAUAAUUAUUCUGUGGAAGAACAAGAAUUUAGUAGACAAAUAAUUCGAUAUUGGACAAAUUUCAUUAAAACAGGUGAUCCUAAUGAUGGUUUACCAGUACCUGUACAAUGGAACGCGUAUACAAAUGUUAAUCGUGCCUAUAUUGAUUUAAAAUUGAACGAUAUUCAAAGACGACAAAAUUAUUUUGAUUCAAUGUAUGAUUUCUGGUUUGAGCUUUAUAAACAAGAUAAAAUUGGUUGUUCGAUGAUGAAAACAAAAAAGAAAAAUAUAUUUAUUAUUCUAGCAUUAAUAUUACUUAUAAUAACAUUUAUGCUAGGAUUUCUUAUUAUUCGUCGUCAUAUUCAAAGAAAAAGUAUCUACAGACGAUCUAUUAACUCACCAUCAACAAUACCGAUAUCUUCUCACAAUAAUGGUGUUCUUACUCUGAACGAUGAUCACACAACACAACCGCUAGUCACUUCGUUUCAUGUGAAGACGUAA